AUGGUGUUGAAGCUCUCGAUCAAGACGCGUAAAGGCGACGCUGGGCGGCAUACCCUUCUUCGUCAAUUUUCCAGCACCUCAGCCGUCUCCUCGGCCCCGUCUACGCCGCCGAUCUCGCCGCUUUGUUCCCCCGCCCCCCUCUCAGCGUCAACUUCACGCUCAGAGUCCAUCCCACCCACUCGGCGCGCCCGCACCCGCAUCAUCCCAUUCGCCUCUCCCACCUCAACUCAAAAAACUUCCCCGCCCUUGGCUUCCCCCUCCAGCCAAGCUCCUUCGCCACUAGCUUCACCCUCCAGCCACGCCGGGCCGACCCGCCGCGCCUCCCUCUGGGCUCGCGUCAAGCGCCGCUUCACCUCGCGGCCCACGCGCACCCCACCUCCCGAAACCAAUGCGGACGCGCCACCCGCCGCCCAGUUCUUCGACGUCCUCCACGACGAGCCCGAGACCUACACACGCGCCCCUGCCCUCCUCUGCGCCACGACCUACCUCCUCGCCUCCGCAGGCCAGCUCUUUCUCGACGCACUCUUCGCAACCGCCCACAUCGCGGCACACCCCACCAGCCCGCCCCGCGUCCGCUGUGUCCUCCGUAACGCAGCGGCCACGGCCGACCGCCUCGCGCGGCUAUGUACCGUCCUCCUCGUACUCAUCUACAUCGCCGCGCGCCUCCUCCUCCUCCCCCCUGCCCAGCUGUGGGCGGGCAACCUCUUCGUCGUCCCCGCGUGGGCUGCGCCGACGCUAAAAGUGUGGCCGAAGCACCGCCCCUUCCGCCCCAAGCCCGGUCCGGUGCCGAUCACCGACUUUCGCGGCCUAGGACAAUACGCACUAGACAUGUGGCUCCAAGCUGCGCGCGCGGCGCAGCCGACAAUCUACGGGAUAUCGCACCUCCUCUUCGCGGCCGCG